AUGGUUCUCAGCCUCGUUCGCAACCAAGGCGUCCCUGCCUUGGCCUAUCCUAUGAAUGAUGAAUCCGUGUUAUGGCCGUGUUCUCUAAAGAUGCUGCAUUCGGACGACCAGUUUGCCCUGUCUCUCGGACACUCUGUUUCAAUCCAUGGCGUUGAUGACCCGCAGCUCUUAACCCUUCGCUAUGAAGGUGACAAUCUUAUCCCUGGGAAGAUGUCACUUCGGAAUGCUGAUAUCGCUCUCCCGGGUACAUCGUUGCACAGCAUUGCGCGACAUGGGAAACCUCGGCCUCGAAUGCUGUCGCUGACGCUCAAAGCACCCUGUUCUGUGUGGUAUCCUCGCACUUUAGGCAAGACAGGGCCUGGCCUUCACACCGGAUUCCACGAGCUUUUAACGCUGGCCAGGGCGACAGAAGUGCGCGUCUUGUUCGACACCAACUGGCUUGAGAAGAGCAAUCUCGCCCGGCUCCAAAGCAUCAUUGAAGGCUCUCGCCAACUUGCUGGAGUUCCAGCCAUUCCUCAGUUUACCCGUUUGUAUCAGGAAGCAGACUGGUCAAUUCUCGAUUGUAUCAACGACACCGAGCCUGAAGCCUUGCCUUCCAUCGAGGACGCGGUAGCUGGACCUCCUCCUAUUGAGGACGCAGUAGAUGACGCCCCACCUCCGUAUGCACGUGUGUCGGGCAAGCGCUCGAGGAAUGCUCGUACCAGCUUGACACCCGACUCGCCUUUACCGAAGCGUCUGCUCCAAGACCCAACAUAUCCGCGCUCUCCAAAAGAACGCGCCUCUCCCGCAUCACCGCUGAGCGCAAAAUCCACAGCCUCGUCCACUGCCACUGUGCAAGUGGACAUUUUCCAAGAUCUUGUUACGUCCGCCGUCGAGAAAGUACUCCCAGAUCUGAUGCGCGCACAAUUUCCUAGUAUUCUGCAAGAUCUUCUUCCAGGAAUACUCGCUGGCUCACCGUCGCCGUCUUUGUCGCCGACACGACAUACCAAUCAACUGCCGAACACGCCCACAAAGCGCUGUCCAAUCCCGAGUCAGAAACCCGCCCCUUCGACAGUCUUCAAGUCUCUCAUAAGCACGUACACCCAGACCCAUAUCCAAAGAAUCCUGGCCGAUGCCCUCGAUCAAGCCUCCCAACAAGCCUCUGAACUCCAUAAUUCGGCUGGUGCAGAGUUUGAGGACUACCUUGCCGACACUCGGCUUGACUUUGCCGCGCUCAAAGAAGAUAACCUCGCUGCCUUCAAUGAUGAGUGCAACGAGAAGCUGGUCGAGUUCAAAGAGCGUCUGGUAGAGGAGAAAGACGAGGCAGAAGUUGAGGUUAAUGCACAUGCCGAUAGGGUGGUAUUGAAGACUUGGGAUCGUCUGAAUAGGGUGGACGGCGAGGUAUGUCCUCGGUGCAAGUGCGUUUGUAGUGCCCGGCAUAAGCAGAGUGAGGUGAGUCAGGCGCGGAGGGCUAUAUCUCUGCCUCUAUAA